GUCUCCUACCACCCAGAGAGAUGGGGCCGUCUGCGCCGUGAGCACGGAGCUCGGAGCCGGGAAAACAAGGGCAAGAAGACAAGCGGCACAGAAGAGGACAUCUGGAAAAAUCGGAAGGCAGAAGACCACGAGGGGAAAAGAAACCCAUAGCAGGUGGAAACAAGAUCCAGAGCAAACCAGUUGGAUCCACAGUUGUUUUUCUGCAAGAGAAGUGCUGGAGGAUUGCCCUUUUCCCCUUCAGUUAAUGAAAAGUACUUUUUCCCUCCUGAAAGAAAACGUUAAGGGGAGGUAAAAAAUCUGUUUUCUUAAGGGAAGAGCUGAGGGAAAUCCAGACUAUCUCUUUUUGAAGCGUCUGAAAUAAGCCCCUGCCUGGUCCACAUUGCAGAACCAUCCUGUUUUCUGAAGAUCCACAUCCUCCCAGAAUUCCAGCCAGAGUAGCUGGUACAGUUUUAUUUUUGUAUUUAAAUAUCUGUGUCUCUUCUUUCCCCUCCCCUUUGACAGCAUUUUCCUUAUUUGUAAGCACGAGUGACAAGAAAGUGUGAUACAGAGUGGAAAUAUUUUCAAUUUUCUCUUUUAUCUGCCUGUGUCUUUUUGAAGAGGGUAGGGUGGUCCUUAUUUUGGAAAAGGACAUUUUCAUUGGAAAGGCUCGCUCUGUAAAUAUAUUUACACCCAUUCAUAUUUAGAAAAAGAGAACUCUUUCGGAGGUUGAAAUCUUACUGAGAAAGAUGGAAAAAGGAGCCAGGCAACGAAACAACACUGAAAAGAACCACCCAGGUGGGAGCGAGUCAGAGACUGGGUCCGGAGAGGGUGGAGUAGCCCUGAAGAAGGAGAUUGGAUUGGUCAGUGCUUGCGGUAUCAUCGUAGGAAACAUCAUUGGCUCUGGAAUCUUCGUUUCACCGAAGGGUGUGCUGGAGAAUGCUGGCUCCGUGGGCCUCGCUCUUAUCAUCUGGAUGGUGACGGGUCUUAUUACAGCUGUGGGAGCCCUUUGCUAUGCUGAGCUUGGGGUCACCAUCCCCAAAUCUGGAGGUGACUACUCCUACGUCAAGGACAUCUUUGGAGGACUGGCUGGGUUCCUGAGGCUAUGGAUUGCUGUGCUGGUGAUUUACCCCACCAAUCAGGCUGUCAUCGCCCUCACCUUCUCCAACUACGUGCUACAGCCACUCUUCCCCACCUGCUUUCCCCCAGAGUCUGGCCUCCGACUCCUGGCUGCCAUCUGCCUACUGCUCCUCACAUGGGUCAACUGCUCCAGUGUGCGGUGGGCCACCCGGGUUCAAGACAUUUUCACAGCUGGGAAGCUCCUGGCACUGGCCCUGAUCAUCAUCAUGGGGGUCGUACAGAUCUGCAAAGGAGAAUACUUCUGGCUGGAGCCAAAGAAUGCAUUUGAGAAUUUCCAGGAACCCAACAUCGGCCUCAUUGCACUGGCUUUCCUUCAGGGCUCCUUUGCCUAUGGAGGCUGGAACUUCCUUAAUUACGUGACUGAGGAACUUGUUGAUCCCUACAAGAACCUUCCCAGAGCCAUCUUCAUCUCCAUCCCACUGGUCACAUUUGUGUAUGUCUUUGCCAAUGUCGCUUAUGUUACUGCAAUGUCCCCCCAGGAGCUGCUGGCAUCAAACGCAGUCGCUGUGACUUUUGGGGAGAAGCUCCUAGGGGUCAUGGCCUGGAUCAUGCCCAUUUCCGUUGCCCUGUCCACAUUUGGAGGAGUCAAUGGGUCCCUUUUCACCUCCUCCCGGCUAUUCUUUGCUGGAGCCAGGGAGGGCCAUCUUCCCAGCGUGUUGGCCAUGAUCCAUGUGAAGCGCUGCACCCCCAUCCCAGCCUUGCUUUUCACAUGCAUCUCCACCCUGCUGAUGCUGGUCACCAGCGACAUAUACACUCUCAUCAACUAUGUGGGCUUUAUCAACUACCUCUUCUACGGGGUCACAAUAGCUGGACAGAUAGUUCUUCGCUGGAAGAAGCCUGACAUCCCCCGCCCCAUCAAGAUCAGCCUGCUGUUCCCCGUCAUCUACUUGCUGUUCUGGGCCUUUCUGCUGAUCUUCAGCCUGUGGUCGGAGCCCGUGGUGUGUGGCAUCGGCCUGGCCAUCAUGCUGACAGGAGUGCCUGUCUAUUUCCUGGGUGUUUACUGGCAGCACAAGCCCAUGUGUUUCAAUAACUUCAUCAAGCUGCUAACCCUGGUGAGCCAGAAGAUGUGUGUGGUUGUGUACCCCAAUGUGGGGGAGAGCUCGGGGACAGAGAUGAUAAAUGAGGGCACGGAGGAGUAGGCAGCCCAUCAGCCAACUCAUUGCCUCCAAGGACAAGGACUCGGUGGAACAGCCCAGCCCUGAGGACGACCAU